UUAGAUGAUGGGAAGGGGAAUGGAUGAUAGAGACGCAUCUGUGGACUUGAAUCAAACGCGUGGGGGAUUCCACCAUCACAUCAGGCUAGUCUCCGCGACUCCAUGCUCGCGCACCAGUCCAACGCUCGGCUCUCUGCUGGUUGGCCUUCACUCUACUGUUGACCUCAACAUAUAUCUCCUCCCUUCUUCUCGAGGUCGCAGCAGCAGGAUACCAUGCUCAGCUUCAUCUAAGGCUAACUGGGAACUGUCCUGAUCAAAUAUUCCCCCUUUGGACUGCUGCCAGAGUCUACGAAAGCCGCCGCGGGCUAGGCGCGCGUGCUCUUCCAAGCCGAGCGGCUCAAGAGCGUGCGUGCGGACAAGCACGCGUUGGCUAUGAUCUAUUGGAGGCUCUCCUCAGUACAUUGCAGCUUCUCGUAGCGGAUCGACCUGGGCCGAGGUGAAGGAAGAGUUGAAAAAGCACUGGCAUCAUGAGUGCCCACAAUGACACUACCCACCGAGGCACUCUUGUCUGCGUCGUCCUCAAGGCUAAAAACCUGCCAAACAAGCGCUCUAUCGGGAAGCAGGAUCCUUAUUGCGUGUUGCAGCUGGCCGCAGAGCAACAGAAAACGCAGCCAGACAAAAGGGGCGGGCAGCACCCGACAUGGGAUGAGCAGUUGCACUUUGAGAUCUACGAUGACAUGGAAGAUUCCACCAAGCUAGACUCUUGGUCAAAGAAUGGAGAUGGCACUGCCAAGGCGUCCAGAAAAACUCCCAAGGUGCUGAAGGUCUCGUGCUACGCAGACGACGCCAGAGACCCAGAGCUCAUCGGCGAAGGGAUCGUCGACCUGACUGAUACGCUUAAGACGGGCGAAUUUGAUGAAUGGGUCUCGAUCAAGUCAAAAGAUCGCUAUGCCGGAGAGGUCUAUCUUGAACUCACCUUCUACUCCGCUGCUGCACCACCCAAGAAAAACAAGCAUGUAGCGCCAACGCUGUCUGGUACCGAUACCUAUGGCGGAGCCGGCACCUUCAGUGACGACGUAGACGAAUGUUUGCGCCCUAACCGCAAGACACAUCCUAGCAUUCCUUCGCACAUUCGCCCGCAAAAUGAUUCGCAAAGCUCGGAAUAUUCCGAGUUUGGCAAAACCGGCUCUGCAGGGCGCAUACCUGCGUCUCAGACGCACACAAAUCUCCAUAGAGUGCCGCAGUCACAAUCUUUGGCGGACAUCCCCUCGACACUACGUCCAAGCAGUUCGUUGGCCAACCUCGAUGCUUACAACCCGCCAUACGCACCCCCGAGUCUAGGGAGAACCGCAAGUCCAACCCCCCCAAAUGCCUCCGUAUACAUUGAUCAGCAAAAAUUCAACCAAGGUCAUGCGCAUCUCCGCCAAGAGACCUCGACCGCCUCUAUUUCGACAUCCGCCUCCAUGUCUGGUUCGUGGGGCCCUGCAUCUAGCCAAGCUCAGAUUCCCAGCAGGUACUACAUGGAUCCGGGAUCAUCUAGUGCGCCAGGAAGGGCGCAUCAGUCGCAAUCUUCGGUUACGUACGAUCCCUCAGACCAGUUGGCGCAAACCAUGUCGACAAUGACCAUCAAGCCCGACAAGCCACUGCCGCCUCCUAGAGAUUCGUCUCCGCGGCCGACGACACCUUCGGCGGCUGCCGCUGGGGGUGGUGCACCCCUGGUCUGCGCUCCGCCAUCGUCCCUCCCCCAGUCUUUCAUUUACCACAAUCCCCAGCAUCCUGGCGCAUACAAUGCUUUCCAGGGUGCAUUGCCCAUGAUGAACCUGCCUGCGCCACCCACGCCGCAACCUUCCAACGAUGGAUCUCACAAUGGCCCCUCGACCUCGAGCACUCCUAUCCCCGGGUCGAGUAGCUUCCACACACUUCCGCCUGUUCCCUCAGGAUCGUCUGAUGGUUCUUGUUGCGUGGUCGCGCCGGUACCAUCUGUGAUCAAUGCUCAAGCAUUGUACCAAAGCAUCGCUGGUCUACCGAGUCUUGCGUCUUCAGCUCAAAUCCCCGCGACCGGCGAUCAGCAGCAGCAACAGCCGCCGCCCUCAUCGGCAUAUCAAGUCUUGCGCACUCCAGCUCCAGCUCCAUCAGGGCCUCCUUCUCACAGCGCGUCUCCCGCUCCGCGGCCUCUGCCAGCGACAGGUCCGCCCCAGCCCCAAUAUGCACCCCCACCACCUGCUCAAGCUCACUACAUGCCUCCACCCCCUGUUGCCGGCGCGUAUCCUACACAUCACAUGUAUGCCCCACCGCCGCCUCCAACGGGCACGCCAGGCUUGCCUGUCGCCUCAGCGCCAUCUGCGGUGUAUCAACCAACUUACGGAAGAUACUACAUGCCUCCGCCAGCACCGGGAGCGCCGCUGCCGCCGCACGGAGCGCAUCCAUACGACCCCCUGGGAGGAACGGGAGCACAGCCACUUCCAGCGGGAGCGUAUCCUCACCCUGCUUAUCAUGCAGCGCCACCGCCAACAGUACCGACGGGAUAUACACACUACGCCCAGCAGCCGCCACCGUCACAGCAGCAGCAGUCGCAGCAGCAGCAACAGGGUGCGCCGUUCCAGCAGCCGCCACUUGGCGUGCCAGGCGGACUAUCGAGUGUGCCCAUCUAUGGACAAUAUGCGCCGGCGCCGUACGCGAUGUAUCAGUAUCCGCCUCCACCGCAACCCCAGCAGCAAUGAAUGCGCAAAGAAAAUCGCUAGACGAUGCAUGUAGCUCUAAACCCCAUCUGCGAAUGCCCU